GUUGAGGUGCAGUGGGGCUGCUGAGCAUCCUAUGUAGAGGAGCUGCCCACCAGCUGCCUCAAGAAGGACCCUUCCUGUCCCCCAAGAGGGACCCUUCCUGCCCCGCAGUGUCCCCACCGUGUCACAUCACGGUGCCAACACCUGAGGGGCAGAUGUGACCGUUCCCAGGCAGGAUGGGUGAGGUUUCCCCCCCCACCCCAGACCCCCCAGCGUGGGACGAUCACCAGGUGCUGGUGGCAGAAGAGGUGCCACCAAGGUCCCCCUGAUGGCGAUGGGUGCUAUAAGAAGGGGGUGACAGCCUCACCACAGCACCCCGAGACUGCCAACCAUGCUGGGAGCUGUGUGUCUUGCCCUGCUGCUGGGCUACGCCUACGGAUGCGGCCAGCCGGCCGUGCCACCACAGUUGGACACCCGGGUGGUGGGUGGUGAAGAUGCCAAGCCCCACAGCUGGCCGUGGCAGAUCUCCCUGCAGUACAGCCGCUCCGGGGAAUGGCGCCACACCUGCGGGGGGACCCUCAUUGCCCCCCAGUGGGUGCUGACAGCUGCCCACUGCAUCAGCUCUGGCAGGACGUACCGCGUGAUGCUGGGCAAGCAGGACCUGUCGGUGGAGGACGAGCCCGGCUCGCUGGCCGUGGGCGUGGAGAAGACCAUCGUGCAUGAGAAGUGGAACUCCCUGCUGGUCAUCAACGACAUCGCCCUGAUCAAGCUGGAGGAGGAGGUGGAAGAGACUGAGACCAUCCAGGCCGCCUGCCUGCCCCCCGCGGGGCUGAUCCUGGAGAACGACUAUCCCUGCUACGUCACCGGCUGGGGACGCCUCAAGACCAACGGGCCCCUGCCCGACGUCCUGCAGCAGGCUCUGCUGCCCGUGGUGGACCAUGAGACCUGCACCCAGCGCGACUGGUGGGGCAGCCUGGUGAGGGCCACCAUGGUGUGUGCUGGGGGCGACGGCGUCCGCUCCGGCUGCAACGGGGACUCGGGUGGCCCCCUGAACUGCCAGCGGGAGGGGCUCUGGGAGGUCAACGGCAUCGUCAGCUUCGGCUCCGGCUGGAGCUGCAACAUGGCCAAGAAACCAACCGUCUUCACCCGGGUGUCUGCCUACAUCGACUGGAUCAACGAGAAAAUGAGCGAGAACUGAGGAGACGGCAACACGUCCUGAGGGUGAUAAAGGCUGAAGU